ACUUUGAACAUAUUCUAACUCACUCACAAACUACCAUGUCUGAAAAAUUGAAGGAGUUCGUCGACAUUCCUCAGCAAUUCAUUCACGACGGCAACCAGUUCCUUACACGUUGCACGAAGCCAUCGCAAAAAGAGUUCAUUCAAAUUUGUAGGGCAGUCGCUGUCGGCUUUGCUGUUAUGGGUUUCAUUGGAUACUUCGUAAAACUCAUUCACAUCCCAAUAAACAACAUUCUUGUGUACGUGUUACUGUCUCUCAAAGUGCUUCUCUGUGCUCACGUUUGGACAGCGGAGGGGCUUAACUUAUUCAUCUCGUUAAUAUAUGUCCCAUUUUCGCAUGUCGUAAACCACCGGCUCAGACGCUCUGUAUCGCAUCUCCCUCCCUUUAUCCACGCAUUCCUUGCAGUCACUUGCUAGAUGAUAGGCUCCCAUCGAACCAUAUGUUUGUCCACAGAAUGCUGCGAACCGAUCCCCCAUACUCCUGUUGAGUAAGUCACGUUGUGUCUCAAUGGCGUGCGUGCGCUUGAGACAAAUACAUGCGAGUUCCGCCUGUUAUGGCUCGACUGAGAUAGCCGGUGGCAAUAAAUCUAAGGGAGCAGAACGAGCAUUCGGUAUGCCUGGUGCUGCUCCAGGCAGGUUCUGCUUACGCUGACAAGGGAACCAAGCGUAGAGCAUAUUCUGUCGAUGGUUGUGUGCCCGCGUGGUACCUGUUGCAUUGGGGGAUGUGCUAUUUCUUCUUGUCGUUUAUUGAUCUUGGCAAUGAUGCGCUCUCGAGCUUCAGGGCGCGUCAUAGUAGCGAGUCGUAACAUCAAUACCGUUUUACGCUCACAACGUUCAUGCUCGUCAUUCCUCCUCAGACUCGCUCUACUCAACCAAU